ACGACGACCACUGAAAGAAAGAGGAGAGGAGAGAAAUAUUUUAAUAAUUUUUUAUUAAGAUAAUUACAUAUUUUUUAAAAUUUUCUGACGCUUCUGAGGAGGAAAGGCAGAAGAAGAAGAGGAGGAGGAGGAAGAUAAGUGAACGAGAGGAGAAAGGGCUUUCGUUUUGUUUGGGGGAAGAAAGAGGGAGAGAGAGAGGGGAAGGGAUAUUUUCGUUCCUUUUCUUUUGGAUUUUUGUUUGUUUUUUUAGUUUCGGGGAGGCUGGGAGAAGACAGAGACGGCUUUUUUUUUUUUAUAUUUUUUGAAUUGGUUGUUUUUUUCCCCUCCUGGAGUGGUUUCAGUGGUGUUUGUGAGUGAAGAAUACAGGUUGGUAUUUCAGUGAAGGGGGAGAUAGUGGGGACUGUAUUCUGAUUAGAGCUUGGCAAUUAGGGUUUCGGUUUUGUUUGUCGGGAGGGAGGGGGGAAGGAAGGGCGUGUUGUUGCUCACUGAUUGGCUUUUGGGGUUUCCAGGGCUUGAGUUUAAGGGUUUUGGGGCUGCAUGGAUGUGGAUAGGGUCUAGGGUCUUGAAGGGCGCGGAAGGGAUGAAGACGAUGGGGAGCAAUCGGCCGGUGCCGCUGGUUUUGUUGUUGUGGCUCGUGAUUGCUCGUUCCUUCGUGACGGUUUGUGCAAACCAGGAAGGUGAUGCAUUGAAUAAACUAAAAGCAAGUUUACAGGACCCGAAUAAUGUGCUGCAGAGCUGGGAUGCCACCCUUGUAAAUCCAUGCACAUGGUUUCAUGUCACAUGCAACAAUGACAAUAGUGUGAUAAGAGUUGAUCUUGGAAAUGCGCAAUUAUCUGGUACUUUAGUCCCUGACCUUGGUUUGCUCCCCAAUCUUCAGUACUUGGAGCUUUACAGUAACAAUUUAAGUGGUUCAAUACCUAAUGAACUUGGGAAUCUUUCAAGCCUGGUCAGUUUGGAUCUUUACUUGAACAAGUUCGCUGGACCCAUUCCUGGCACAUUGGGCAAGCUUACAAAGCUGCGAUUCCUUCGGCUUAAUAACAACACUCUCUCUGGCCCAAUUCCAAUCUCCUUGACUACAGUUAACGCAUUGCAAGUUCUGGAUCUUUCAAAUAACAAUUUGUCUGGUGAAGUACCAUCAAAUGGGUCGUUCCAGCUGUUCACCCCUAUCAGUUUUGCAAAUAAUCCAGAGCUUAAACAACCUCCAGCUUCACCACCCCCUGCUUUUAACAAUUCACCAUCUGCUGGUAGUCCAGGUGGUAGUAUAUCAAGUACUGGGGCAAUUGCUGGAGGAGUGGCAGCAGGUGCUGCACUAUUAUUUGCUGCACCUGCUAUUGGAUUUGCUUGGUGGCGUCGCCGGAAGCCGCAAGAGCUGUUCUUUGAUGUACCAGCUGAGGAGGAUCCAGAAGUUCAUUUGGGACAGCUUAAAAGAUUUUCAUUGCGGGAGUUACAAGUUGCAACAGAUGGAUUUAGCAACAAAAACAUUUUGGGACGAGGCGGAUUUGGUAAAGUCUAUAAAGGACGUCUUGCAGAUGGAACAUUAGUGGCUGUCAAGCGUCUGAAGGAAGAACGUACCCCAGGGGGGGAGCUUCAAUUCCAGACUGAGGUAGAGCUGAUUAGCAUGGCUGUGCAUAGGAAUCUCCUACGGUUGAAGGGCUUUUGCAUGACCCCAACUGAGCGGUUGCUUGUUUAUCCUUUUAUGGCAAACGGGAGUGUUGCAUCGUGUUUAAGAGAGCGGCCACCAUCGCAGCCACCACUUGAUUGGCCAACUAGAAGGAGAAUUGCCUUGGGUUCUUCUAGAGGACUUUCAUAUUUGCAUGAUCAUUGUGACCCAAAGAUCAUUCACCGAGAUGUGAAAGCUGCAAAUAUUUUAUUAGAUGAGGAGUUUGAAGCUGUGGUUGGUGACUUUGGCUUGGCGAAACUUAUGGACUAUAAGGACACACACGUCACAACAGCUGUUCGUGGCACAAUUGGGCAUAUUGCUCCAGAGUAUCUUUCCACUGGAAAAUCAUCAGAGAAGACUGAUGUCUUUGGUUAUGGUAUUAUGCUGUUGGAGCUCAUUACUGGACAAAGAGCAUUUGAUCUUGCUCGUCUUGCCAAUGACGAUGAUGUGAUGUUGUUGGAUUGGGUGAAAGGGCUUCUGAAGGAGAAGAGGUUGGACAUGUUGGUUGAUCCUGACCUUCAGAACAAUUACAUUGAGAGCGAGGUGGAGCAGCUAAUCCAGGUAGCAUUACUUUGCACGCAAGGUUCUCCUAUGGACAGACCCAAAAUGUCUGAGGUGGUGAGAAUGCUUGAAGGCGAUGGGCUAGCGGAGAGAUGGGAGGAAUGGCAGAAGGUGGAAGUUGUCAGAAGUCAGGAGGUGGAUUUGCCGCCACUCCGAAAUUCAGAGUGGAUCAUAGAUUCCACUGAAAAUCUCCAUGCAGUAGAUUUGUCCGGACCAAGAUGAGUUUUGUCUCCUUUCUUCCCACUUGAUUCUAUCCUUGAUGAAAGAAUUUGUUUACGUCCUUCCUUGUCCUUUUACCCCCCUCAUCUUCCAUUUGUCUCUCUUGUAUCAAAGUAAUGUUUACAACUGUGAAUAUGAAUCAUUAGUGUUUUCAUUUGUAUCAUCUACCGAUCCUUUGCAGGGUCCGACUAAUUCACUUGGGUGAAACCUGUAGCCUUUCUUUGUAUGCGGGGUUUUCUCAUUUUGUAGAACAUCCGGCACUCUGUUGUGAAGUCUAAAAUUUAUUAUGGUGUUGGAA